CCGCAAUAGUGAGUAAUAUGGCGAAGACUUACGAUUACUUGUUUAAACUACUAUUAAUUGGGGAUUCUGGAGUCGGGAAGACCUGUGUGCUGUUCAGAUUUUCAGAAGAUGCCUUUAACUCAACAUUCAUCUCAACUAUAGGUAUUGACUUUAAAAUUAGAACAAUAGAACUAGACGGAAAGAAGAUUAAGUUACAGAUAUGGGACACAGCAGGCCAGGAGCGAUUUCGAACAAUCACAACUGCAUACUACAGAGGAGCCAUGGGGAUCAUGUUGGUGUAUGAUAUUACCAAUGAGAAGUCCUUUGACAACAUCAAAAACUGGAUAAGGAAUAUAGAAGAGCAUGCAUCAGCCGAUGUGGAGAAGAUGGUUCUUGGCAACAAAUGUGAUGUCAAUGACAAACGGCAGGUGUCCAAAGACAGAGGCGAAAAGCUGGCCUUGGAGUAUGGAAUCAAGUUUAUGGAGACCAGCGCAAAGGCCAACAUCAACGUGGAGAAUGCCUUCAUGACACUUGCAAGAGAUAUCAAAGCAAAAAUGGACAAGAAAUUGGAGGGCAACAGCCCCCAGGGCAGCAGUCAAGGGGUGAAGAUCACCACAGAGCAGCAGAAGAAGAGCAGUUUUUUCCGCUGUGUCCUACUGUGAGGUCUGUGGCCUUACUGUCCACCCUGUGGCUGGACAUAACUGGACUGUGCUAGCUCAGAGUGCUCUCUUUCUCCCUCUCUUCUGCUUCUUUUCCACCAGUCUGCAUCCCUGCAUCAUGGCUGACAAAUAACACGCACCCCCUCCCCCCGGCGCCCAGUUCCACCUCAGUUUCCAAGUAGGUUGUUGGCCAAUUUUUCAGUUCUUGGACGAUCAAGGUUGAGGGUCAGAGGGAGGAAGCUUGAAAAUCUCAAAUUGCGUACAUGUCUGAUUCUUUUCUAAACUUGGAGCAUGAUUCCCAGUUCUCUGAUUUAAUGUCACCCUUUUUCAUCUCUUCAGAGACCAUGUAAGAGGGCAGUGCAUUUGGCCUUUGGUCAGAAGGCAGUGUUUUCCCUGGACCCACUGCUGUCAGUGUUAGCCCUUAGCCUUUAACCCUUGAAUUUUACCCUUAAUAGGAUUGAUUUAACCAUUGAAAGCAUGGCUUGAAUUUGGCCAAGCUAUUACUUGCUUGGUUGUUUUUGGUGGAUGGAAGGCUGCCUGUUUUUCAGGGGGCUGAAUAACAUUGAGCCAAGACUGGUGUUCAUCUCAGUAAUUACUUUCAGUUCAUCUGUUUUGAAGAUAGUAUUUAUUCCAAAUUAGUAAAUUGAGCCUAAAUUCAGGCUUAUUAUAUUGUUUUCUAUAAUUACAUUCCUUGACAAUCAUCUUAGGGCCUCCUACAGUGUCCUUUCUCAUAGGCAGUUGCUACUCUCCUUUAACAUGCAAUUCACAAUGGUUAUUUGGUGUAAUACCUUGAUAUAAAGUACCCCUAUCUCUCUUGUGACCUGAAUUUAUGCCUGCCCCCCAACAUACUUGAAAGUUGCCAUCUUAUUUUUGAUACUAGGUCCACAUUCUGUACUAUGAUUGAAUUUUGUGUUUGUUGCAUUUUUUCACUGCAAACAGUUCUAGAUUGAACAGAAUCAGUCCCCAUGAUUCUUUUCCAGGGUGGAUUAACAUACUUUCUGAGAAAUGUUGUUUAAAAAGGCACACAUCAGAAUUCUCCAGUGUCGCUUCUUCAUACUUAGCCUUUAUUACUAAAGAUUCUCUGUCUUUCUUCUGUUUGUUGCUUGGUGACUUCUUACAAGCAUCAGAUUUGCAAUAAUAAACCAGAAACAAAGAUUUGUCACAUGUCAGCACCUUCCCCCAUCAGCUUGUUUUCCCAGAGUUCAACAUUCAGCAUAACUAUUCUGAAGAUUGCAGAGCUUGAUUGGGCGGCUGUAUGUUGAUGACCACUUUAAUGCACAUUUCCUUAAAUGACAGCAACAUUUUUCCUGGUCUCUUAAUCUUACCUCAUUUGUCCUGCACUUCCUCUUACCAGCACUUCAGCUCCUCUCUGUGGAUUUUAGUUGGUGCCAAGUGGUAGCUUCACAGUGUAAAAAGACUUCAUAUUGUGCUUUAAUUGAAUAUAGUUAAAAUAAGUCUCAACACUUCUGAUAAUUCAUAGAUAGCAUCCUAUAACUAGUUAAUAUUUUUAUAAGGUCCAUUUCACCAUUUAAACUGUCUUUCUUGUGUAAUUUGCUGUAUGUGUUUGUUUAUACUUCUGCUGUUUGACUGACCACUUAAGAGAUGCAGUCUUUUUCAUGGCAUUGUAAGAAGCAAGGCUGUAAAUGCAAAAGUGCAAAUCAGAAAAUAUCCCAGCCAUAGAAAACCAAAAAGCACCAAGAAGAGUAUAUUUUUUAAAAAGAAUAAAUUUAAAAACAUUGUUGCCCUUUCAAAAUGUAUCCUGAUGCAUACCUGGUUUGUUAAUUCCCUUCUUUCAUCUCAAGCUCUUGUCUUGUUUCUGUAUGGUGAUGCGUGUGUAUAUUCUGUACCCCGGUGCUGUUGAGUUUCACUUUGCAUUGAGUGUUGCACUGUGUGUCUAAUCUUGUGCCAGGACUAAUUCCCCUUCAGUGCUGUGUUCCGUCUCUGUGGCAGUGUAUUAGUAUUUAUUUGGUUUCCCCCUGGAAGUGUGCAUGAUGUGUUAUCACCAAAUGAUUACUAGCACAAGAUACAUUAAACAUUUAAAGGGCAAACCAUUAUGCCAUUUUUAAUGUUGCACAAAAGCAUUGGUAUUUACAUUAAUCUUAAUUAUUACAGCAAUGGGGUGAACAUGUAAAUAUCAGAAUUAUUACAAAAUUAUUCACAAAAGAGAGCUUUCAAGAAAUCUGUGUUCACAUCUGGGCACGUGGUAUUACAAAUCACUCUAAGUAAAUAACUCUCUCUGUCUGCAUUCCAAAGCUGCUGCUAAUGCAAAACAGCAGUUGUCAGUACUUACCUGGAGUGUCCAGAUGCUGCUGGCUUUAGAUGGUCAUAAAUGGUAUAAUUUUACAAAAUUGAUUCACUCACUAGUAUUAAACAUUCUUUAUCAGUUGUGUUCUCUGUUGGGUAGUGUAAGUAGAUGUGGUCAAGGUUACCUAAAAAUGUUGACUUGUUUUCUCAUUACAUCAGUGUAAAGGUACUACUGUUUUGGAACAGAAAACAUUUUCAGUACUAAUGUAAUUACUUUUUUGGCUUUAAAAUUGGUGUGAGUCAGAACCUUGUUUAAGAUCUCGGAGGUAACUUACUGGCACUGGACUGUUCCAGGAGAGGACUUUUAUCAUAAUCCACAAUAUAUGAGACCAAUGCCUGACCUACUGUCAGGCUGUUUAUUGUCAAUUGUGUGUCUAAGCAAGAUUAGGGAAAAAAAAGCAUAUUGGGUGUUAAAUGUCACAGGUAGUUGAAGUUUCUGUGUGGUCAAUAACAGGUCAGACAACUUGAGCAGACAUGAGAUCAAGACAGUAUCAGUGACUGCAGGUGUCAACAGAUGUGUACCAUUGUGAAGAAAACGUGGCACAAUAUUUUUUAAAAAAGCUUACACAUCAGAACUUAAAAGUGCCCUUGUAAAUGCCUGCUGUUGCGAUGCACUUUUCUCGCUUUAUCCAUGAACAAGAUUUAGAGGAGGAUAUUGUAAAUGUGUCAUUUAAUAAGUUCAGUUUGUUUCCAGUUUUUGGUUCACUGUCAUGUUUCCUCUUCCUGCUGAAACUACUGUUACUCACAGCAAUACAUUUAUCUUAAUUCCACGUGAUACUUGAUCUCAUGAGAACUAUGCAUCAUGAAACAGUUGUAGACCUCUGCAUUUUGUACAUAGAAAUGAGAAAAAAAAAUUGCUGUGGACAUCGCAGACAUGGUCAUUCAAGUAAAAAAAAAAAAUAAUAAUAAAAAAAAACAUUCCGCUGUUUGCACCUUUCUCAUUCCCUGUGCAUUUUUAUUUCUUAAUAUGGAAUUCAGUGGAACUGUCAGCAACUGACUGUAUAAACUAACUUGUUUGAAUUAAAGGAAGAAAUGAAGACACUCUUUCCUGUCUUUGUUCACUAGUAUUCAGUCAAGUUGAGUUGAAGUCAGACUGGAAUUGUAGUUUCUGUUGAUAUUGAAGUGGGUUCCAGUUCAAAGAUCUUUCAGGCAUUGGUCUGGCAACAGUCUCUGGCAGACCAUAGUGAUACCAUGCAUUACAUCAGUUUAACUGACAAACCUUGAAACAUGCAAAAUGAUGUGUUUCACACCCUGCAAAGUUCAUGACAUGUUUCCACAACAUGCAGGCUGAAAAGGACCUGGCAGAAAGGUCUGUUUUUAUAUUGGGUUUUUUUUUUGGUUUGUUUUCUUUUUCUCUAUGCAUUUCUUCACAAAGCUGCUUCUACUUUUUAUUUUUGUCUUUUUUGUUGAAGUGACUUUUCUUUAAUGCAUGUCAUUAGUAAUUCUUGUUCAUGACCAUACUUUUCAUUGUGUUGAUUGUGGGUUGGGGGGAUUUUGA